AACAGAUUAAGUAAGACGGCUUAAAAUCGUAGAGCAGGCUGAACCAGACAGCUGUGGGCUCCUUUAACUCUUCUAGAGACAGCCUCUUGACAAAAUGCCAAACAAGAUGGAGAAGAUGCUGCUUCUUCUGCUGAUCAUGCUGAAGGAAGCCGGACCGACCGCAGCCUGCAGCAGCAGCUGUUCAUCAGACUGUGACUGCAGCAACAGAGGCCUCAGCAGUGUUCCUCAGGACCUGCCUACAAACGUCACUAUCCUGGACCUGCAUCAAAACGUCAUCACAACCUUAAACCAGUCCGAUUUCUCCAGGUACAGCAGACUGACAGAAUUACGUCUUAGUUACAACCAGAUCUCCGUAAUCAACAGCGGGGCGUUCCACAACUUGACAAGCUUAACUGAACUGUACCUUUAUAAUAACCAGUUAACCAGCAUCCGAGCUGACAUGUUUGUGGGAGUUGAUAGCCUAGAGGUCCUUUACCUGCAUAACAAUCAUAUCAGCAUUAUCGAGGCGGGAACAUUUGUAAACCUGCCCCAGCUGCAAACUCUGAGUCUGUUCAAUAACCAGUUAACCAACCUCACAGCUGACAUGUUUGAGGGACUUGAUAAUCUGGAGACCCUUGAUCUGUCCCAAAAUGACAUCAGCAGCAUCGAAACAGAAACUUUUCACGUCAACCCGCAGCUCCGUAAUCUUUACCUUCAUUACAACCACAUAACAACCAUCGCAGCAGCCACGUUUGUAAACCUGCCCCGACUGCGACGUCUGUAUCUGUACAGUAACCAGUUAACCAACCUCACAGCUAACACGUUUAAGGGACUUGAUAAUCUGCAGACCCUUUAUCUGCACCAUAAUGACAUCAGCAGCAUCGAACCAGAAACUUUCCACGUCACGCCGCAGCUCCGUUAUCUUAGCCUUGAGAACAACCACCUAACAACCAUCGCAGCAGCCACGUUUGUGAAUCUGCACCAACUGCGAUAUCUGCGUCUGCACAAUAAUCAGAUAACCGACCUCACAGCUGACAUGUUUGAGGGACUUGAUAACCUGGAGUACCUUUCUCUGCACCAAAAUGACAUCAGCAGCAUCGAAACAGAAACUUUUCACGUCACCCCGCAGCUCCGUGAACUUCGCCUUCGGGAAAACCACCUAACAACCAUCACAGCCGGCACGUUUGUGAAUCUGCACCAACUACAAUACUUAUACCUGCCUUUCAACACCAUCAUCACCAUUGAAGAUGGGGCGUUUGUAAAUUUGCCAGCGCUCCGAACAUUGGAUUUAUCUCACAACAACAUCAGCACUUUCCCUAUUGAGGACUUAUCGAAUCUAAGUACGUCAGCGCUGUCAUACCUUAGCCUGGACGACAACCAGAUGGAGACACUCCCACCCAUGGCGUAUGACAUACUGGCUCCCAUUUCAACUGUUGACAUAUCUAACAACCCCUGGCAGUGUGACUACAGGAUGUGCCCCUUUAAGCAAAGAAUGACCGGUUCUUACCCAUUUGAGAGCGAGAUCACCUGUGCCGGUCCUGCUAACCUUACAGGGAAAAGCUUACUACACGAUAUAAAUCCUGACGAUCUGAUCUGUGAAGAGACAACAACAGAUAUAUCCUCCACCCCAAGUACCUCGUCUCCUGUAGAUCAGAGCACAACGACUCUAAGUACCACCAACUUUCUCUUGGAAUCUUCCACAAUAGUAACUCCAAGUACCACCGACGUUCACUCUCCAUCUUUUCCAACAACAACUCUAAGUACCACCGACCUUCCCUCCGUAUUUUCCCCAACCACUCCGAGUAGCACAAACUUUAAUUUGGAAUCUUCUCCGACAACUACUGACAUUUCCACUCACUCUCACUCGUCAUCUUCCCCGACAGAUACUCCUAGUACCAAACAAUUUGACUUGGAAUCUUCCACAACAGCUGCUCCAAGCCCCACACACUUUCACUCUUCAUCUUCUCAGGCAGCAACCUCAAGUACAACCAACUCUCAAAGAACUCCAAGUAAAACUCACUUUUACUCCGCAUCUUCUCCAUCAACCCCUUCAAGUGCCACCCGCCUCCACUCGCCAUCUUCCCCGACUGAUAAUCCAAGUACUGAACACUUUCAUUUGAAAUAUUCUCCAUCAGCUACUCCAAGUACUACCCAGUCAAGAGUCACAGAAGGCGGAAGUACGUCUCCUCCCGGUUCCUUCUCCCUCUCAGCCUUCCUCAGUGGUUUACUUGGCGGGGUUGUUGGCUCUCUCCUCACCUCAGCCAUUCUCCUCGCAAUCCGGUGUAUAAAGACGAGGGCAAAGACGAGCCCUACCCCUGUACCAGACCUCAGUGAUGUUCGCAGCAACACAAACGACGCACCAAUCAGCGGCCGUGCUCACACCGGGCAGGGUGCCUCCGCGGCAAGGGCAGUAGGUCCUGCAUCUGAUGACGUAGGGAGUCGGGCAGGAGGAUCGGGAACAGUCCCGCUUCCGUACAGCUUUGAUCAGAGUUCUGCGGUUCUGCGGCCUCCACUUCCGCCCAUCAAGGGGGUAGGGUCUCAGACAGGGUACCAGAACUUGCCGGACGAAACUGAUGCUGCAAACAGCACUGUGCCCCUGAAGAACCAUCUCAUUUAUCAGCAAACCUGCCCGUCUGGACUGCCCAAGGGUCUUGCAGGUUUGUAAGAAGGAAGCAGGACCAAAUCGUGAUUACCAGAUUAAAAAGACAACAUGGUUGUCUCAUCAUUCAUACUGCAGAAUGACUGAAUUGUUCAAACAUUGUUUUACAAACAUUGGAGCAUUUUGAGAGACGAACUGAUUUGAAUAGUUAAAACAUGUAUCCAAAUGAUGUCAACGGAA